AUGGAGGCAUUGUGGCUACGCGUCCCGCUCCUGCAGCACGUGCUGUUCUACGACUGCGAGGGUGGAGACCUGCCCCCGUUCGAUGGCGUUGUCGAGUCGCUCCGGUCAUCCCUCGGCGCGACGCUGGCGACCUUCGCCCCGCUCGCCGGCAGGCUCGUCCACCUCGACGUCGCCGUCGUCUGCGCUGCCUCGGAUGCGGUGAAGUUCGUCGAGGAGGAGUUCCACGCCGACCUCCGCGUCGUCGCGGGCGGAGAGGCGCCCGACCUGCAGGUGCUCGAGCAGCUUGCGCCGGAGCUCGACGACAUGGGCAAGCCCCCGACGUCAGGGGUGGCGGUCGGCGUGACGGUGCACCACGGCGUCGCCGACGGGAGGUCUUUCUGGACGUUCGUCGAGGAGUGGGCGGCGGCGUGCCGUGGCGAGACGCCGGCCGCGUCGCCGUGCCUCGACCGUUCGGUUAUCAACUUACCUGGUGACAGCGACGACGACGGUGAUGACAACCCCUGA